UCAGGUAUUGAACAAGUGCAACUUGUUCACCUCAUGGCUCUGCUGCACCUUCUGCCAGACAUGUGUGUGUUUGCGCUGCCCUCGUGCCACGGCUGACGGUCGCCUUUCCCAAAAGCGAGGGGAGGGGGACAGGACCCGGAGUGGGCCGCUGGAUGGAUGGCGGAGGUUCAGGAGGACUGGGUGGGACGGUCUGCUGAGACGAGGCCGGCGCUACAGAGUGCAGCUGGAGGUUCGGCUGAAGGUCAGCUGCCAGGCGCCACUUGGUCCCAGACUGUGGGGACGCUGCAGCCCUGGUCCAGUUUGGCUCCGGUGGGUGUAGUGUGGUCAGUGUGCCAGCUGGAGGCGCUGCUGCACCCCUCUCUGUCCCUGCUGGACGUGUGCUGCAGGCUGCUGCUGGUGGCUUUGCUGUGGAUCAUUCUGGGAUGCUGCAUCUUCACCCUGAAGGGUCGCCGGCGGCCAGGACACGGCCAGCUUCAGUCCAAGGAGGAGUCUCGGAGGUGGACACCGCGGGGGGUUUUGGCUGAAAACAGGAAUAAAGAGCAUUCAUGGACGUCUCAGCCGGGGAGCUCGGCCGUCCACGCCUCUUUAGCGUUGGCCUUGGCGGACAGCCUGCUGCUGUGUGUGCUCCAGGAGCCGCUGCCGGAUCCCCGCGUGCCCCACAUCAAGGCUCUCAUGUCCAGACUGAAGUCGGUGGGCGACACGCUGGAGAGGGCCGGCACUGCCGCCGGGAUGACGCUGGAGGAGGUGGACCGGGGCUCCAUGCUGACCGACAGGCUGAAGCUCAUCUGCACCUACCUCCAGCAGAGGACGGUCUCCCUGCACGCCUUGGUCCAGGUGCAGGGGGAUUUCGAGGCCAGUGUGAAGGACAUGCUGCAGGGUCUGGACUGCCUCUGGGCUCAGCUGGAGGAGCUGCACACCGGCGUCACGCUCACCAAAGAAGGCAAUCAAGGCCGCGUGGCUGUGGCUGUGGCCUCGGCCCAGACAGACGCAGAGACUUUAUUUGCAGUCUUGGGGCGCUACAGGACCAAACUCCAGUCAUGUCAGGCUCAUCUGAAGGACAGCACACAGCUGUUACAGGAGUUGACCUGGAGUCACGCUCACAUCAGCGGCGACCUGAGCAGCAGCAGCAGCAGCGAGUCCUUCUGGCCCGAGAUCCUGCUGCAGUCCAACAUAGAGCAGUUUGACCGAGUUCAGGAGUGUUUCAAUGCUGUGGAGCAGCAGACCUCCACCUUCCAGGCCCACCUGGAGGGACUGGGGAAACCAAACCAGAAGUCCCACUUUGAGCCCCCGGCUCACACUAAGCUGAGCCGCUCCAGCUCCAUCCCUCACCAGACGCCGUCGUCUCGCCACAACGGACUCGCCAGCGAGACACCGCUGCAGCGCCGCAACUCAACGUCCUCGACCAGGUCCGUUCCCUCAGCGGACGCAAGCUCGGACACUCCUCUCUCACUCUAUAAGAGGUCGGCGCUGCAGAUUUCUUCCAAGCUUGACUGCCUGCGUAGAUCUGGAAGAAAGAAGUGAUUUGGGUUUUUCAUCUUUUUCUGCCACCGACUGCAAGCCUGGCCAUAAAUACAGGGAAGUUACAGGGAAAGUUUUCAAAUGUUGAUCAUUUGCUGGUUAUCUCAAACUUUAUUUAUUGUUUGUUUUUUUUAUCGCUGUAAUAUGACUGUUUUUAUCUAUUCUGUUGUUCAGGUUCUACUUUAAAAGCU